UAAUUAGAAUUUUGAGCAACCUAAAAGGAAACACACAGAACAGUAGGUGGGAAGCUGCAAUGGCGGACGAAGGCGAAGAAGAACAACCGAUUGUUGGCCAACAGGCCCGAGGUCGCCACAUAAAGAAGAGGGCUCUUAAGAACAAAGCUCUCUCUGUCACAUUUGACGAGAAGGAUCUAAGGAACUAUGUGACUGGGUUUCACAAGAGGAAGAAGAAAAGGAGAAAGGAAGCCCAAAAGAAACAAGAGGAGGCACAAAGGCGAAAGCGUAUUGAGGACCGCAAAAAGAGGAAAUUAGAAAGAGAACUGGUUAUAUAUGGUGGAGCUCCACCAGCAAAUGGUUCAGCAUCUGAUGGAAGUGAUGUCCCGGAGGAGGAUGAAGAUGGCGAGCCACUUGCAUCCAUUUCUGGGACUACUACCUAUGACAAUGGUGACACGAAAGUCACAGUAAUGACAAGCGAGAUCUCUCACGAGGAGGAAAUCUAUCCAAAUGAAAAGACAGGGACAACUACAGUGCCCAAACUGAUUGGAGCUGUUAGAGAGCACAAUUUACCUGUAAAAAAGAAACCAUUCAAGAGAGUAACCAAACACAAAUCUCGACCUAAGCCCCAAAGCAAAAGAGAGAAAAGAAAGCGGAAGAACAAAAGCAAGAGGGGGUGCUAGUUUUGUCUAAAAUCUUUAUAAAAUUUAAUUAUCUCGUCUUCUUUUUUAUUUUAAUUUUACUUCUUUGUUGAAAUUAUCUCUGUCCUCUUUAUGCGGAUGAUGUUCUAUUUAUUUAUUUUUUUUCAGUUUAUGCCAUUGAAAUAUUUACAUUC